AGACAUCACGUAUCCAUCCAGUGGUUAUAUGAGCAGCAGCACCACACUUGUGUAACAGAGUCAGAAAACUCCAAAUGCUGAACUCCUCCUCCUCCUCCUCACCAUCAUCUCACUGCAGUCUGCAGGAGCAGAGCGAUAUGAGUUUACACGGAUACAUUCAAACUUAGCUUUUCUCCUCUGCUCACUGAGUAUCCUUCAAACAGAUAUGAGGGAUAUCUGAAAAAAUUUUUUUAAGGCAAGUGGCAACCCCCGGCUCAUUUGAUACAUUCGAUUUGUCACAUUUAAUCUCCUUUAAUUGAGUUCAUAAUGGGGUUACGCAUAUUUGGCACGCCACUUUACGCAUAUGCGUGCGUCUAUUUUUUUGUUUUCGUCCUGCAAGUUGCCCAAUCUCAAAGGAGCCCGGGGACACAACAGGGAGAACAGCAAAGAGCGGCUCUCCGGCAGACGCUACAGUGGUCGCACAACGGCAAGAUUUUUAGCAUUUUAAGCCAGGGCUCGGAGUACCAGCCGCCGAGGCGCAGGGGCGCACCUCAGGAACAAGUGCAGGCGCGACCUGUCACCAUCAUCCGUGAUGCCAACGUGAGACCUCAGGACGCUUCGAGUCCGCAGCAGCAGCAGCAGCAGCAGCAGCAGCCGGCGUCCGGUGCGCCCAGCCCCGGCAGACUCCCUCCUCCACUCCAGAGGCUCGUGAGAGGGCGCGAGCACCGCCAGCAUCCCCGCGAGCGCCCCGGUGAGCGCGCGGAGCCGCAGAGGGGCAGCCGAGCCAAUGACACCCAGGACAAAGUCACUGUCAGUCCGCCUCUGCCCAGGAGACAAGACAUGAUGGUCGGCGAUGAUCCCUACAACGACCCGUACAAAUCCAUGGAUGGCGAUAAUCCGUAUUACAAUUAUUAUGACGUUUACGAGAGACCGAGGCCGAGGUCGAGACCCGGGUACGGCACGAGGGAUCACCAGUACGGUCUGCCCGAUCUCGUGCCCGACGCGUACUACAUUCAAGCCGCUGCAUAUGUCCAGAGGGUCCCGAUGUACAACCUGAGAUGUGCAGCUGAGGAGAACUGUUUGUCAAGCUCAGCCUAUAGGUCAAGCGUUAGAGACUAUGACACCCGUAUGCUGCUGAGGUUCCCUCAAAGAGUCAAGAACCAGGGGACGGCAGACUUCCUCCCCAACAGGCCACGUUACUCCUGGGAGUGGCACAGCUGUCACCAGCACUUCCACAGUAUGGAUGAGUUCAGCCACUACGAGCUGCUGGACGCCAACACCCACCACCAGAUGGCUGAGGGCCACAAGGCCAGCUUCUGCCUGGAGGACACUUCCUGUGACUAUGGCUACUACAGGCGAUUUGCCUGCACUGCACACACCCAGGGCCUGAGCCCGGGAUGUUUUGAUACCUACAACGCAGACAUCGACUGCCAGUGGAUUGACAUAACAGAUGUGAAACCUGGAUCCUACAUCCUCAAGGUCAGUGUAAAUCCACACUAUCAGGUCCCAGAAAGUGACUACAGCAACAACAUCGUGCGCUGUGAUGUGCGCUACGAUGGCAACUACGCCCACGUGUCAGGCUGUCACAUGUCAUCGUAUUAAGAGAUGACAGUCAUUCACAGCACGCUCUGUUAAUGACAGUGAAGAGGACUGCAUAUUAAAAAACAUUUAAAACAUCAUGAAAUAAACUUUAAACUGUUAGUGAGGUUUAUGAUUUAAUGUACUCCCAAUUUUAAAAAAAAACAAAACAAAACAAAAAAGAAAGUAGCCAUGGUGUCUUUUGCUUGUGGUGGAAAGCAGUUUUUUCUCCUUACUAUACUACUAAGUAUAUCUUUGUUUUUUCUCUUAUCUCAUGGGAUAAUUUUAAUUCCUAACUUCUUAUACAUUGUUCUGUAUGCUUGUAUUUCAUACCACAUGUAAGAUGGUUAAAGACUAAAAUCCACGAAACUUGGAAGCUAAAUACGAACAUAAACCAGCUUGCUCUCCUUGUUAAGUCAGUAUCAUUUAUAUCACGAAAUUUAAAGUGAACCAGUUGUAUAAAGGAAAAUGUUUUAUUUAUAAGCAAUGGGAGAAACUCUCUUUACUCCAGGGCUUUUGGUGAAUCUUAGUUGAAUAAAACAUUGUGAUAUUGAAUCACUUUUUUAGAUCAUCA